GUAGGACUGUGACUCGAAACUCCCUCCCCUUCCCCCCCCAAAAAAACUUUUUAAAGACUUUCAAUCUGUUCAAACUAAGAUAUUUUACAACCAUCGCGAUACCAUCUAACAUCUGCUCCAGAGUGUGUGUGUGAGUGUGUGUGUGAGUGAAUGUGUUUCUCUUAUUUAUUUGUGCUGUUUCCCUUUCAGCUAUAUUUUUCCUAAUUUGUAAAAUUAUCUGUUGCUGGAGACAUCUGGCAAUCAGCGAUUUUGUUUUGUUCUAUAUAUAAAGAUAAUAUAUAUUUAUAUAUAUAACAAGCCGCCUUUAGAAAUCCACCGAGAGAAGGGGGCCAGUUUACUCUUAAAAGGCACUGCAGAGGAAAUACGAUUUGACUGGAGCGGAGUCCUUUUUCUUAAGGAACAAGCUUUUAUCAACAUGGAGUGGGUGAGGUACAGCGUUUUGCUGUGGCUGCUCUCGGUCUUUCAGCCGCACCAAGUCUGUCCUGAGAAGAGGACUCUCAGGAGGAUCACUUACGUGCUUCACUCGGGCAAGCGUCACCCGGCGAGCGGCCGGGCUGGGGUGUCUGCUCUCAGCACCAGGCACGCCGCUUCCUCCUCUAACACAGCCAGGGCUCAGGGCUCGGCUCCAGUACUGGAGGUGAAAACCACUUACAGGAGGAGCUCGCCUCAGGUCAGGACCCGGCGGAUGGGCAAGGCGAGCCCGCAAGUCCAGCAGCACCAGCAGCAGAUCGCUCAGUUCCAUCCACACCAGUACUACCAGCAGCAGUCCAUUAGACACCCUGUGCACUACCAAAAACAACAGCUUAACGGAGUUAAUGUUUGUGGCGGUCAGUGCUGUCAUGGAUGGGCCCAAGCUCCUGGCUCUCAAAGAUGCACCAAGCCGAAUUGUUCUCCAAAGUGCCAAAAUGGAGGGAUGUGCCUACGGCCCCAGCUCUGUGUGUGUAAACCAGGCACCAAAGGCAGAUCCUGUGAGGAGACGACAUCCAGCACGCAUCCCACAAACAAUCAGGACACUGUGGCGCAGGGGCAGCCCAUUCCACAACAGGUGCCCCAGCAGACCGUGACCCAGAGGUUGGUGCAACCUCCUCAGAAGAUCAAUUCACUGGGCCACAUGUCUCUGACUGUCAAACAGAAACCUUCCAUGAUGGUGCCCCAGCAGUCUCACAUGGUGCCUCUUCCGUCUCAACCACUGAUGAUGCUUGUCCAACGUGGCCAAUCUCAACAGUUCACAUUUAAACCCAAAUAUUACAGCCAGAAGUUUUAUCCUGGAGGACAGGCUGCAGAAAGUUCGCUGCCUCAAACUUCGUCUGGGAACUCGUUCCAAGUUGGAAACCACACGGGUCGCAUCAAGGUGGUGUUCACCCCCACCAUCUGCAAAGUGACCUGCAUAAAAGGCAAGUGCCACAAUAACUGCCAACAGGGGAACACCACGACCCUCAUCAGCGAGAAUGGCCAUGCUGCAGAUACUCUGACAGCGCAGAACUUUCGUGUGGUGGUCUGCCACUUGCCCUGCAUGAAUGGAGGACAGUGCACUUCCAGGAACAAAUGCCAGUGCUCUCCUCAUUUUACCGGCAAGCUCUGCCAUAUCCCGGUGCAGCCUUCCAAUGGCCAGCGGCAUCACCAGCAGCCUGGCAACGCUCCAACCUCAUCGGUAGUUCAUUCGACACACACCCUGCCUCUGUCAGUUGGUGGGAAGCCAGGCCUACAGAUGAAGUUCCCUCCAAACAUAGUCAAUAUCCAUGUUAAACACCCACCAGAGGCAAAUGUGCAGAUCCACCAGGUCUCCAGAGUGGACAGCUCCUCCUUGGAACAGAAGGUCAAUGGUGUCAAGACGAGGCAGCAGCAGAUCACUUACCAUGCGUCAAGUCCUUCAGUCCCUCAUGUACCGAAUUCUGUCUACACUCACCAUCAGCAAGUUCGCACCCACCAUUUUCCCAGAACACACACCAAGUUAGGACGCUGCUUCCAGGAAACUACAGGCACACAGUGUGGGAAACCUCUUCCUGGCCUUUCAAAGCAAGAAGAUUGCUGUGGAACUGUGGGUACUUCUUGGGGUUUCCACAAAUGCCAGAAAUGUCCUAAGAAACCGUCUUUCCCUGUUCGAGGAAAUGGACAAGUGGUGGAGUGCCCCGUGGGUUACAAGCAGGUUAAUGCUACACAUUGUCAGGCUGAAAAUCUUUUAAUUGAAGAGAAAGGGCCCUGCUACCGGUUUGUCAGUGCAGGAAAGCAGUGCAUGCACCCUCUGUCUGUGCAGCUCAGCAAGCAGAUGUGCUGUUGCAGCGUUGGCAAGGCCUGGGGCACAAACUGCGAGAAAUGUCCCAUUCUGGGAACAGCUGCCUUCAAGCAAAUCUGCCCCGGUGGAAUGGGCUACCAUGUUAGUCAAACCUUCAAGAAGGUUACUAUCAAGCCUGGGUCUGAGAGUAAAUUGCCGAAGCUUCCUGACUCUACCAUGAGUCACCCUGAGAUUAAACACUCUGAUCCAAUACCUACUCCAGCCAAGGUGCCACCAGAACAACAGCCCUUAGAAGCUUUCCCAUCAACUGAGACUCAACAGCCCGCGGUCUUAAUACCAGAAGUGGCCACCAGCACACCUGAACAGGAACUUGUAAAAGAUGAGCGCGUUGUGGAAUCUGGCCUGCCCCAGCUAUCGCCCAGCAUUACAACCAUCCAGAUAAACUCUGGCUUCCCUGAAGUGGUGGAAAAAACCUCUCCCCCGAACCCGGUCCACAUUGCUCCAGAUGUGUCUACUUCCAGUCUGACCCAUUUCAUUGCAUCUACUCAAGUCGCAGAAAUCGAUGAGUGCUCAGUUGAUCCUCGAAUCUGUGGACCUGGCCAAUGUAUCAAUCUACCAGAGGGAUACACGUGUAACUGUAAUCCUGGCUACCAGCUCAACACAGUGAAAACUGCUUGCAUUGAUGUAGAUGAAUGUGUCCAGGACCAGCGCCCGUGCUCCCACGGACACUGUAAGAACACAGUGGGAAGUUUCCGCUGCCUCUGUCACCAGGGGUUCACAUCAGACGGAGGAACAGAAUGCUCUGAUAUUGAUGAGUGCCUGAGACCCAAUAUCUGUGGAGAUGGCCAUUGCAUUAAUGUUGUAGGCUCCUACAGGUGCCGAUUCUGCGAUGCUGGAUAUAAAAUGAACAGAGGCCAGUGUGAAGACAUUGACGAAUGCCAGGAUUCCAACAAAUGUCCGUCUGGAAGAUGCAUUAACAAUCCUGGCUCUUACGAGUGUGAGUCUUGCCCAGAUGGAUACACAGGCAGAAAUGGCCAAUGCGUAGAUGUUGAUGAAUGCCUCAACAGAUCGACCUGUGCCAAUGGCAGAUGUUCAAACCUAGAGGGGGCCUACAUCUGUACCUGUAACCGAGGCUAUGAACCAUCUCCUGAUGGCAAACUGUGCAAAGAUGUGGAUGAGUGCCAAGAUGCAAUUCUGUGCACCAAUGGGCAAUGCACAAAUACAGAGGCCUCCUUCUACUGUGAAUGCAACGUGGGUUACCGUCUGACUGCUACAGGGGACCAGUGUGAAGACAUUGAUGAAUGCCAACAAAACGUGGAUACUUGCCAAGGAGGUGUGUGCACCAACAAUGCUGGCUCCUUUACAUGCACAUGUCCAGGUGGCUUCCAGCUGGUGGAUGGUGUUCGGUGCCAAGAUGUUGAUGAAUGUGCAGAUGGCACCAAAUGCCGUGAUGGAUCUUGUGUCAACACCGAAGGCUCCUAUAGGUGUGAGUGUGCCAGAGGAUAUCGCCUGAACCCGCUCAGUGAAACAUGCGUUGAUGUUGACGAAUGUGCAAACAGCACAGUGUGCGGCAGCCAUGGAUUCUGUGAAAACACAGCUGGGUCCUUCCGCUGUCUCUGUGACCGGGGCUUCCAGGAUCUACUGGAGGGGCAAGGGUGUGUGGAUGUAAACGAAUGUGAAGCGAUCAGCGGGGUUUGUGGUGAAGCUAUCUGUGAGAACGUCGAUGGCUCAUUCCUUUGCAUCUGUCCGGAUGAUGUCCAGGAAUUUGACCCAAUGACCGGGGAGUGCCGCUCCCCUGAGCCUCCAGUGCUGGUGCAGGCGGAAGGGAAAAGGGAAUGCUACUACAAUCUGAAUGAUGCCCACUUCUGUGACAAUGUCCUGACUUCCAACGUCACCAAGCAAGAAUGUUGCUGCACCCUGGGAGCAGGCUGGGGUGAUAACUGUGAAGUGUUCCCGUGUCCGAUGUUUGGCACUCCUGAAUUUGCUGCCAUGUGCCCUGAGGGUAAGGGCUUCAUUCCUAAUGGAGACUCGGCCUAUGGAAUCAGUGGGCACAACUACAAAGAUGCUGAUGAAUGCGUUUUAUUUGGACAAGAGAUCUGUAAGAAUGGCUUUUGCCUGAACACACAGCCUGGCUACGAAUGUUACUGUAGACAAGGCUUCUAUUAUGAUCCAGUCAAACUGCAAUGUCUUGAUAUCGACGAAUGUCAGGAUAUAGCGAGUUGCGUAAAUGGGCAAUGCCUUAACACUGAGGGUUCGUACAACUGUUUCUGCACACUCCCAAUGGUCCUGGAUGCUUCGGGGAAACGCUGCACGCAGCCUUUAGAUUCCGAUGAUAUCGAUGAGUGCCAGGAUCCAUCAAAUUGCAUCGAUGGUCAAUGCAUUAACACUGAUGGCUCGUACAACUGUUUCUGCACAUACCCAAUGAUCCUCGACUCUUCAGGGAAACGUUGCGUUGAGCCUCCAGACACUAUUGAACAAACCACUGAAGAGGAUGUGUGCUGGCAGGCUGUGAGCAGUCAAAUUGUCUGUGGGUCGCCCCUGGUGGAUCGGAGGACUACCUAUACUGAGUGCUGCUGUAUGUAUGGAGAAGCCUGGGGUAUGGACUGUGCUCUUUGUCCCCGUCGAAACACAGAUGACUACGCACGGCUUUGUAACCUUCCCGUCCCCCCGAGACAGCAUGAGUACGGCCAGGAUGCUUUGAUGCCCCCUUACCAGCCUGACUACUCGGUCUCGGCCUCCGAGUACGACUCCCAGCAGGCCCUCCGUGGUAACCUGCCCUUCUUCGUAGACGCACGCUAUCCAUUUGACAGUUUCGAGGGACUGCAGGCUGAGGAAUGCGGUAUUCUGAAUGGCUGUGAGAAUGGGCGCUGUGUCAGAGUGCAGGAGGGCUACACAUGUGACUGCUAUGAUGGCUACCAGCUAGACAUAACCAAGCUGGAGUGUGUUGACGUGAAUGAAUGUAUCGAGCUCAAUGAUAAAAUGUCGCUUUGCCGGAACGCCAAAUGCAUCAAUACCGAUGGAUCGUACAAGUGUGUGUGUCUGCCAGGCUACGUUCCCUCAGAGCAGCCCAACUACUGCAUAACCACAGAGGCACAGAAAGAGUCAAAGUUGGAGUAAUUUGUGAAGAAGGUUCAUGUCACCCCUCCCCCUUCCCCUCCUCCCAACCCCACUACUGUACAAAUCCCACAUACGCUCUGCACCCCCUCCCCCUGCCACCACCAGAUCCCCCUCAAGAAGCAAUGUACAAGCACUCCGUCUACGCAGCACCCCCUUGUCAAUGAGUGUUUGCCAUCAGUCGCUGAUGCCAUUAAGGAAGGGGACGCCAAAUGGACAUAUCGUUUUUCUCAAGCUGGGGGGGAGGGUCACCCCAGUUCUACCAAUGAACAGAAAGACCAAACGGAUUCCAAAUGUGCUUCUUUUUGUAUGGAAAGGAAAGCCCUCUCAGUAAAGCGAGAAAGCACACCGCAUCUGCAGUCAUUCACACAAAAUAGCAUUUGUUAUUAUCACAAGGUUUACACUAGGUAUAACAGCGGUGAAAAUAUUUUGUAUUACUGUUAUAAGGCGUAUUUGAUAAAAUGCAGUAUGUGUUUAUACUGCUUUGACUUUAGAGUUUUAUGACAAAUGUAAAUUCUUUGAUAGCAACUUAUAGUCCGUUUGUAUGUUUUUUUUUAAAGAUCGUGCUAUUCUGUGUCUGGAACAUUGUUCAGUGACAGUUUUUACCUUGCUCAGUGUCUGCCCUGUGGAGCAGGCGUGUCGUUUCGAUAAGGUUUUUUUUAAAAAAAAGAAGUUUUAUACAACCGUAGAGGUGUGAAGUUCCUGGUUAUGUUCUCCACACAUUAUAUACUGCACUACAGCCACACAGUUCAAACUUGCCAGGUCGCAAAAGCUGCUACAGGACAGCCAGAAGAGACAUGAUGUGUACAGUUACACUGAAGAAAUAAAAGAACCAGAUUAUUGUAUUGUAAGUUGUAAAUUGAAACAAAAAGAACUCACAAGCAGAUAGCUCUUGUAUGAUCAUCUUAAAGCAUAUUAAAGCUGUAUUCUAAACCUCUGUAAAACCUAUAAAU